UGUGUGGAUGGAUGUCGGGGGGUGGUUGUUAACCUUCCUGUCGUCCUGUCACAUGCAGACAGAGCAGGACAACAACACAGAUGGACAGACCACGACUGAGGACGCACUUUACUCUUCUUCUCACUUAGUUUCCUGCUUCUGUCAUCGUCUUCUCUGACUCUACUUGUCAAACGUUCUCUUGUGCACCUUGUUCGUUUUUACUUCCUGCCUCGCUGCUGGUUCAUCGCAGCUUGCCGACAAAGCUUUUUUUUCUCUGCAGCUAAUCCUCUUUCCUUUUCUCUUCAAUCUCCUGUCUUCUCCCUCUUAUCUUUUGGAUGGAUACCUACUCGCUCCUCUACAGUUCCUCCCAGAGAACUGGACUUCUCUCUGGCUUCCAGCGGCUGCGCUCCCAGAGAAAGAUGUGUGAUGUCGUCCUCGAGGCCGGCGGCGUAUCCUUCCCGUGUCAUCGCGCCCUUUUGGCCAGCUCCAGCGAGUAUUUUUGGGCUCUGUUCGGAGAGACUACCGUGGAGAGAUCAGCAGACUCCAUUAGCCUUCCGGCGCUAACACCUGAGGGUUUAGAUGCCAUUCUGGACUUCCUGUAUUCGGGCUGGCUCAGCGUGUCACCGCAGACACUUCCUGUCGUCUUGGAGGCAGCGAGGUACUUGCAGGUGGAGCCGGCUGUGUCGAUAUGCGAGCAGUUUAUCACUGAUGGUUUGAGCGCCGAGAACUGCUGUUGCUACGCUAACCUAGCCGAGCAUCACGCCCUCGCAGACGCACUUGAAGCUGCCAAUCAAACCAUCGGCAUGGAGAUGGGGACGCUGCUACAAGAGAGCAGGGACGACCUCCUCAGGCUGAAUAUCCAGUCACUGAUGGCGGUGCUCGAUGCUGACGAGAUACCAGGUAUCAAGGAGGUGCAGCUCAUAAAGCUGGCUCUGGAUUGGCUCAAUGAGAACGGGCCCCUCCCUCUCCUGAAAUCAAAUCUUCUACUGAGUCGUCUGCGGUUCGGAUUGGUCGCCCCGUCGGACCUCGCAGAUCUCAGUCGCGCCCACAAAGCCAUGGCCACACCUCUGAUCAGAAGUCAGCUGACACGAGCGCUGGAGUACCACGAACUGGGUUCAGCUCAGCCAAUCAGACAGAGCAGACAGACCACGCUCAGGGCGUCGCCCAAUCGUGUGCUGCUCGUUGGCGGAGGAUCCAGCCCUGAUUGGCCCGAACAGCAGAUGCUGGCGUUUGAUCCUCGGAGCAGAAAGUUUUCAUCCCUGUGCUCGAGUCUCCCGCUGCGACUGAGAAAUCACUGCGUGUGCUCAGUGGGAGGUUUCCUCUUUGUGAUCGGAGGCGAACAAGUAAAAGACGGAGAGGAGGACGGGAAAAAGUCUGUCACCGUUGAAACGUCCAACCAGGUGUGGCGAUACGAUCCUCGCUUCAACUGCUGGGUGAAGGUGGAGUCCAUGCUGGAGAGGCGGGCGCAGUUCACCUGCUGCGUGGUCGAGGACGUCAUUUACGCCAUCGGGGGUCGACACGCACGAAAAGACACCAACACACAAACCUCUGUAGCUUCUGUUGAGUUUUACGACAUGGCGUCAGCAGCGUGGAGGAGAGGAGCGACGAUGCCUCACCCUCUUUACGGCCACGCUUCAACCAUGCUUGACAACAACAUCUAUGUGUCCGGAGGUCUGCCAGGAAACAUCCACGAAAGUAACCAAAGUGAAAACCAGGGUGACCGCAGACAGAGCAGCAGGGAAGUCAUAUCCUGGGAUCUGAAAGGAAGAGCGUGGGAAAAGCGAGCGUCCAUGUCCAUCGCCAGGUUCAGCCACCGCCUCGCAACCGCCCACGGACACAUCUACGCCCUGUUGGGAAUGUUCGAGCCCUUCUGCGACAUCGAACGGUACGACUCACGGGCAGACCACUGGACCCGCCUUCGACCCCUUCUCACCGGCUCCUUCAACUACGCGAUGGCGUCAAUGCCGUCUGGGAAUCUGUUGACCUUCGGAGGGAGGAGAUGGAGCGACGGGCAGGAAGUGAUAGUGAAGAGCGUGUUGGAGUACGAUACGAAACGAGAUCGCUGGAGGGAGAUCUGUCAGCUCCCCAGACCUCUCACCGGGACGGAGUGCACUCUGCUGCCUCUGCCCGACUAAAGGGCACCUAUUUUAAGAAAGUCUUGACAUGAGUGAGACAAUUUCACAAUAGAGUCUCAGAAUAGUUGAUGGCGUGACAACAUCGUGAAUUGCACCCCUCGAUUUUAACGUGUUUGUCACAUAAACAAAUGUUAAGUUUAGGAGUCUAACACUUUUGGAUUCAGCCAUGAAAGACGAAAAAGGAGGAAAACAACCAUCCCAGUAUAAAGCUUUUCCUUUUAGAAUUGUUCCUUUUAGAUGGAGCCAAGCUAGCUGUUUACCCUGUUUCCAGUCUUUAUGCUAAGCUAAGCUAAUGUGCCAGUGGUUCUAGCUGACGGAGAGAGUGGUGGAGAUCUACUCAUCUAAGUCUUGGCAAGAAAGUGAAAAAGCAAAGUGACAAAAGGUUGGAAAAUUCAUUAAGAAACUCAUCUAAACAAAACUACACAGGUUAAAAGGGUUUUUAAUUGUUUUUGUUGUAGUUUUUUUUGAGUAUUUGAUCAAAAACACCUACAGAUUGUUGAAAAGAAUGGACAAAGAAAAAGAUUUAGUCUUCAAUUUUUGGUAAAACAUUUGGCAAGCCGGUUGUUACGUGAUAACAGUAGAAUAAGCUUAAAGUCCCAUUACCACUUGUGAGAGGUGAGAUAUGUGGCGUUUUGUGAUUGAUAUGCCUGUGACCGAAUGUGGCAAAAGAGGAGAAAUCAAACAAGAGCUAAGGACGGAGAUAAAAAAAAAAAAAGGGGGGGGAUUUUUGAGAACAAGUAGAGGAGCGGUAAAGAGAUUUAGUGGGCAGAAGGUAAUUCCUGCGCAGAUUAAAUUUGGUGAAGAGGCUGAGCCAGACUGUGGAGGAGGCUAUCACACAUAAGAGGGAACAGAGAAGAGGUCGAAACAGGAGAUAAGGUGAGGAAGAUGGAGGAGGACAUCUUUCAGAACGAAAAACAAAAGAAAAGCCAAGUUUAAUAUUUCAUAGAAGUUGUAGGUAAAAGUUCGAUGCAUGUGACAUUCCUGUUGAUCGACUAGCGAUGAAUAAUUUAAGUAUUCUAAAAGAUAGAGAAACAGAAGCAACCCAAAGACACUGAGUGACCUUUUACUUGUCUUGUUUUUUCUUGUUUCAUCCAUUUUCAUCCGCGCUGACAACCAAAUGGAGAAAAUAGGUUGGAGCUGCUGCAUAGUAGAAGAAGCAUUAGCAGGAAAUCAUAUGCAUGAUUUGUGGGUAAUAGCGAGGUAACCGGCUAGGAGUUCAUUAUUCAUGGACUACUUCCAUUUAAUCCUGAAUGCGUCCUUGUGCUGUUGGCAUACACAUUAUUUAUUUAACAGGUUUGGAGCUGAUGUGGGAUUUAAAAUUAAUUGGGUGUCUCACUAUAUCCGGAAGUGAUUUCUUGUUCUGGUCUCGGGAAGAACAGAAGUUAUACGUACAGAUCAGGCACCUUCAGAUAGCUUAUAUACAAAUCAAACAGUUUCUCAGUUGACUAUUAUUGUAAAAGCACUGAUUGAUUUUUUUGCAGCAGCAGCAGUUUACAAUUAAACAUUCCGAUUGGUAUGUAUGUAUCACAAAUUUUGAACAUGAACCACUGAAAACAAUUCUGAUAAUGCAUUUAUUCAAUUGUUAUUAGAAACCAAUAAAACUAAACUGUUAAA